AUGGCUGCUAAUAGUGGUGGUGUUGAAUGGUCUUCAAUAAUUAAGCCCAUUUUGUCUGCCACUUAUGGAUCUUUCAAUAAAUCUGAUGUUUUAGACCUCGCCUCUGCUAUCAUCAAAAGCGAAUCUGAAAUUCUCAGUCAUUCGGAAAAUUAUGAAAUCUUUUAUACAUCAUUUGCGACAUUAGCUGCCGAUUAUAUUAGCACAAACGCUGGAGUCUUAUCUAGAAAUCAUAUAUCUACAGUAUCACAAGCAUGUAGAAUAUUAUUAAAUUAUUUACUGUCACGAGUGAAAGCGUACAACACGUCCGAAUUAUCUAGUGGGGCGGACAGCGGAGCUGUACCCCCAAAAAAUCUAUUGCUAGCAAUACGGGCAUUGUGCUGUGGUAAGGGUCUCUUAUCUAAUGCUGAUCAAGUUGCCCUCACAACUACAAUGAACAGCGAGAAUUUACCUCCUCAUAUAACAACGAAACCACCAGGUGCGGAAAAAGAAACGCCUGCUUCCAAAGAAACUGUUAGAAGGCAACGUUCUGAUUUAUCAGUUAGUAUUCUAGAACAAUUAACUUCACCAAUAUUGGAUGGUGAAGGUAUAGUUGCCAAUAAAAAUGUCAAUAGUAGACCCAUUACUUCAAAUAAUGAUAACUCUCAAGAUAAUGUUAGUAAGUCAGAAGCUUCACAAGAAAAUGUUGAUCAAGCGUCUGAAAUAAAGAAAUUGUUGAGCAUUACUAACAGUGAAGUAUUACAAGAACUUAGAGCUAGUGAAGUAUUACUUGAUUUAAGUCUUAAAUUACCUACUUUACGUAAAUAUUCAAGUAAAUAUGACGACACAAUUGGAGGCAAACCCUUCAGUUUACCAUCGAAUCAUACUGAAACUCAGGCUGUGAGAUCUAGUUUAUCUUCCAUGGUAUCAGAUAUAACACUAGUAUUGGAUGCAAUUUCAUUACCUAUAUUAGAACCAUUAACAAUACCAAAAUUACAAAAAUUAAUGACAAUUAGUGGAUCAGCAAUAUAUUGUGCAUUUUGGGGUGCAAUGUCUGUAAAUAGUGGUUCAAGUGCUACAACAUCUGUAUCACCUCGCACCAGUUCGACACAAUCAACUACAACAAACACUGGACAAAGUACUAUAUCCAAAGAAGAUGAUCUAGAUACGUUAGCAAUACAACUGGUUGAGACGGUUUUAGAAAUUUUCAAUUAUGUUACAAAUACAAUUAAAAAAUCAACUAGAACAGGUGGACAUGUUUUACAAAAUCAUGUGCUAAUUGGAGCAUGGCUGCUUGUAUCUGGACUUCAAGCUCAAAUUUCAGCUAGUCGACUUAAUUUAAUGUCAGUAGGAACAACUGAACGCGAACGUAGUUCACCUAGAGAAGAUAAAGGCCGAAGUCCAAGUAAAGCUCGUGAUAAUAGUUCUCGUGUUAACCUCCUAAAAGUGCAACAAAAUUUUGGAGUAUUAUCAGUUGCAUUAGCAACAAAAGCAUUAAGUUUAAUGUCAGAAUUAUUAGAUGAUUUACAUAUUGAAAUAUCAUCGUCAACAGUUGUACCAGAUACAAUUGAACCAGCUCCGUUGAAUAUUACAGCAGAAUCAACAGCUUUGCAAAGGACUGUGCGUUUAUUAAGUGCUGCACCAAUAAAUCAAAUGCUUUACUACUUAGCAACAAUUAGUUAUCGUAAAGCGUGUACCUUAAAACGGAUACAGAAGCAUCCACCUGAAGGUGACACUUUUAGUCAAUCGGAUUCGACUACUUAUUAUGAAGAUAUGAUCAGUUGUUCAGAUGAAACUUCAACUGACGAAGAUGAUGAUAGUGAACCAAUUUUGGGUCAGUGGUUUGAAGAAACUAUCGCUCCACCAGAAAAUAAUGAUACAAUAGCAAUGAAUUUAGUAGAUGGCCAAGAUAAAAGUAAUACACAAGAUCGUGUCAAUUCAAUAGUUCCAGAGAAAGGAGAACCUCAUGGAUUUAUAAUCCUAUCAACAAACGUCUUUCUAUUCAUGAAUAAACACUUCCUAUGUAGCAGAUCUGCAUAUUUACAAAAAUAUAUUAAAUCAGGAUUAUCUGAACAACAAAUGGUUAUCUUAGCUGCUAUUAUACAAGAUUUGGACCGAGAAACUGCCCGAACAGAAACUGGAACCAUUUCGGUAUAUUUUGGAGCAACACUUGGUCAAUUAUAUGUUGAUUUUUCUCAAGCGUUGGCUAGAUAUACACAUAACCUUAUAACGCGUAAUAUGUUAAGUACAUCCAUGCAAACGGUAUUAUUAUCACAUUUAGGUGUAUCACCAUGGACUGUUGAUAGUAAUGCACCGUGGCCAUUACAAGUGUAUCCUAGAACGUUAGCUGUGUUAUCACAAAUUUUACUUAUGAAACCACAACAAGAAAAAGAAGCAUCAUGUAUCAGUAUUUGGCAUCGUCUAGUUAAUACUUUAGUGGAAAAUGUUUGUAAUCCACCUGCAACAAUCGAUUCAGAAAAUGAAGAUUUAAAUGUAGAACAUGCCCAAGUACUGCUCUAUUUAUUCCAUGCCUUAAACUUAAUGCAGAAGAAAUCGGUCCUUUUAUUAAUUGCUGGAGGAGUAGUACGUUGUUCCGAAGUAGCAAGACCAUCAAAAGACACAUCCACAAAAGUGACCAUAGAAAAAACUGAAGAUGAGUCGAAACAAGAAGAAUCAAAAGAUGUAGUAAAACUUAGUGAAAAAAUUAGCACAGUUCCAACUACAACCCAACAAACUCCAUCGUUACGUGAUAUUCAAUUAUUACAUUUGUCAAGACUUCUUCUGUUAUUAGAGUACGCAGUUCGACAUUUAUACGAUGCACCUGCUUCCUUAUUACAGCAAAUUCAAUGGAAUUUAUUUAUUUCAACGGGUUUGAUACCAUCUGAACAAGAAAAAGAUUUAACCAAAGCACCUUCUCGACAAUAUGCACCUUGGAAGAGUAUUGAAGAUAAUUAUCGUAAAAUUGGACAACCUGACGAAUUCUCAAUGAAACCUAGAUUUUACAGUAUUGUAAAUGUGGAAUUAAAUAAUCAAGAUACACCACGUUUAGAUGGAUUGGCGUGUAAUUUUAUUUUAGGAACGCCAGAUAAAUUAAUGUAUCCAUUAUUAAUUGAUGCAUUGUUAGAAAUUAUGAAUGUUGCGAAUAUUUCCACAGAAGGUGAAAAUCCUAAGUUAUCAUUUCAAGGAUUAUGUGCAACACAAUAUUGUUUCACCAUUUGUUGGAGAUUAUUACAAGUUCUACCUCCGUCAACAACCUACAUGGAAAAAUUAGCAUUAGGCAAACCAUUACCAGUUGGGCCACUAUUAUUACAUUCAUUAAUAUGGGGACCACGAGCGGCUCACAAAACAUUUAGUAGAUGGUUGAAAGAUGCUUUAGUAAAACAAAGUAUUUAUACCCAAUGUGCGGAAAAACUUCUAAAUACUGUAACCGAUGUAGUUAAUACUUUACAAUAUGAUAUUACAAUGACUAAAAAUACAAUUAUUGCCCUGAAACCGUCAUUUGGAUCAGAUUCAAUAAUACCCAAGGAAAGUCUGCCCCAAUUAUCCACAUUGAUAUUACUCGAUUCAGUUAUUGCCAAAGUUCAGAUUGCUUUAAUUGACGAAGAAGUACGCGAAUCUUCAAAAUCUGCUGGAAAUCGUAAUUCUCCAACAAGUACUGAAUUAGUACAAGAUAUAAUGCCGCAUGUUAUACAACUUGCCAAAGCUGUACACAAUUGUAUAAGUUCGAGUCUUCUGUACGAAAUGCACGAAUCUCCUGAUGCAGUAGUACAAAAUAAUGCUACCCCUGGAAAUAAAUACAGUAUCCGAGAAUUAGCAGCAUUAACACCGGUUCUUGCCUUAUGCUCAUCAAAACAUUCUUUGACUGAAUCGUUAGCUAAUCCUAUCGUCGAACUAUUACCUUUAUGUGCUAGAAAUGUACUAGAAAAAUGGAAAAUGUGUAGUUUACCAGACUGUAGUUGGACUCCAUACUUGAAUGAUAUUAUACCAUCUGAAAGCAAUAUAUUUGCUAUUGUAAAUGUUCAUAUCUCAACAUUAUCUACCCGUGCAAACUACUCAAUUCAUAUAAGUCUAAAACGUUUACUGUUUGUAUUAGUAAAAUUCAUUGGCCAACAUAUAUCAAAAUCAGAUCCAGUUGAAUUGAAAAAUUCUGCAAUCGAUUUAUUAAUUCCAUUAACAUUGGACAUUCGAACAGAAUUCGCUCAUGAAUCGGCUGCAAAAACAUUAGAAAAAUUAAUUGGUGAUAUUAAUGUUGAAGAACACCAAAAACGUGUUUACUUAUGUGUGUUAGAACAUAUUUAUGUAUUACUAAUUAAUUUUACAUCAUUAAUUGAUUUAAAUUAUAGUAUCAUGAUUGACGAAAGAAUUUUACAUGAUUGUCUAAAGUUCUUAGAAAAAUUAUUAGAUUCAACCGGUGGUCGAUAUGCGUUAGCACAAUUUUUCGUUGGUGAUCAUAAUUUGGUCAAAGUAUUAAUGUCAGUUUCUAGUCCUUUAACAUCUCAGCAAUACAGUACUAAAGUGCUACAAUUUUUCAAUAAGCUAUUCCAAACAGCUGAUAAAAAUCCAUCCGAUAUUAGUUUAGAAUAUUUAUGUGCUACAAUGUCAAUUCUUGCUAAAGUUGAUUCUGAUAAGUUACAAAAUUGGUUACGUCAUGUUAUCCUGGGUAGUAAUAACAUGGAUAGCAGUGUAACCUCAUCAAAUAUUCAGACACCAACGAUAAUGACAACAGCAGCAGUUGCAACAACUUCUACAAGCCCUCCAGCCGCUGAUGAUAUUACAAAAGUUGAUGAAAAUGGUUCAAAAGAUGCUCCGACCAAUGCACAACAAUGGAACGGUGCACAAGUAGCCAGUUCUGAAUCAAAUGAUUCACCUAGUCCAACUGUUGAACAAAAAUCUCUUUUACAAGAAAAUAGUCAAUUAUUACAAGCCUUAACUUCGUAUAUAGUCAAAGAAUGUCGGGCUGUAACUGAAGAUGUUUCACUCACUAUUUUAAAAGCUUUAUUGUCAAUUGGAUCGCAAGUAUUAUCUGCUGAUAUUGAAGGCAAAGGUUUUCCAGAGCUUUUGAAAGUUAUGGUUAAUUUAGCCGAUGCACGUUGUGGAAAAGGCCAUCAACAUUUGUUUAUUGCAGCAAUUGAUUGGCUUCAAAUUUGUAAACAAUAUUUAACUCAACCUGAUGUACUACAAAAAAUUGAAUCCGGUCAAAUUACUGGAAAACACACAGCCAUGUUGGAUUCGACAUGCUGUUUACUAUCAUAUAUUGGAGAUAUUAUUUCCGCAUUAAUACCUCAAACACCUGGAACGUCAACUUCAUCGAUUAUCGGAACAAACAGAGCUUUAAGUCCUCCAUGGGAGGGUGAAGUACCUGCUGAAUUAGAUCCUGAAUGGUUAGACGAUGUCAACGAAGAAGAAGAUAGUGGUGCAGAGGAUUCCGAUGAAGAUUCACUAUGUAAUAAAUUAUGUACAUACACAGUUACACAAAAAGAAUUUAUGAAUCAACAUUGGUAUCAUUGUCAUACAUGUCGAAUGUUAGAUGGUGUUGGUGUAUGUUCUGUAUGUGCAAGAGUUUGUCAUAAAAAUCAUGAUUUAAGUUAUGCAAAGUAUGGUAACUUUUUCUGUGAUUGUGGAGCCAAAGAGGAUGGCUCAUGUCAGGCAUUGGUUAAAAGAAAUCCACAAACAUCAGGAGAAAAUCGAACGGCGGCAUCCACAAGUGGAGCAAUUACUGGUCAUACUACCUAUAAUACUGAGCACGUCCUUACAAGUUCAUUACGCCGACGUCCAACGUCACCAAUUACCUUAGAUAAAAUAAUAAAUACUCGUGAUAAAAACAAAAUUGUAACGUUAGCCAAACAAUUAGAAGAUUGUCGAGAGGCUUUAAUUACUCAUGUUUCAUCUAGUUCAGCUGUUACUGCAUUAGUUGAGUUAGCUGAUGCAUUAGUACCUGCUGUACAAACGUCAUGUCAACAAUAUUCACCAGUAGGAUGUUUAGCACGAGCACAAAAAGCUUUAGAACAAUUACAUACUCUACCUAAAAAAUGUGUGCAUAGUGAUCCAUUUAUGAUGUGGCCAACAUUAGGUUCACAAGAAGGUGCCUUUGAAAAUGUUCGAAUGAAUUAUUCAGGCGAUCAAGGACAAACAAUUCGACAGUUGUUAUCUGCACACAUGGUGCGUCGUGUAGCUAUGUGUUGUAUGUCAUCACCGCAUGGUAAACGUCAACACUUAGCUGUUUCUCAUGAAAAAGGCAAAAUUACUGUAUUACAACUAUCAGCGUUGUUGAAACAAGCUGAUUCAACAAAACGGAAAUUAACAUUAACAAGACUAGCUUCUGCACCAAUACCCUUCACUGUGUUAUCAUUAGCAGCUAAUCCAGCAAAUGAAGAUUUUCUUGCUGUGUGCGGUUUAAAAGAUUGCCACGUUUUAACGUUUUCAUCAACUGGAUCAGUUUCUGAUCAUUUAGUAUUGCAUCCACAAUUAGAAACUGGUAAUUUUAUAAUACGUGCAAUUUGGUUGCCAGGAUGUCAAACACAAUUGGCGUUAGUUACUGCUGAUUUUGUUAAAAUAUACGAUUUAUCUAAAGAUGCCUUGAGUCCACAAUUUUUCUUUUUGGUACCGAGUGGAAAAAUUCGUGAUUGUACUUUUAUGUAUGCAAAUGGUUUGUUCCACAUUUUGUUGAUGUCAUCGCCAGGGCAUAUUUAUUAUCAGGCAUUAGAUGAUGCUAGUUCAGCAAAACAUGGAUCGUUUUAUGUCACAAAUACAUUGGAAGUAUUAAAUGUAGACGUUAAUGAUGAUAAUGGUCAAGUUGCUGGUGGUGGAGUCUCUAUUUAUUACUCGCACACAUUACAACUUUUAUUCUUCAGCUAUUCACAAGGCAAAAGUUUCAUUGCACCAUUAAAAGAAAUGAAUGAAUGUUUACCAGUUGUAUUUCCAAUUAAUUUAACAUCAGCAACGACAACCACUACAAACUCAUCUAGUGGUGCAGCUGCUGCUGGAAGUGGAAGCAAUGCAAGCGUUGCGAGUGGCAGUGUUAGUGGUGGAAAUACCAAAAGUAAUGGUAAUAAAGUCACUAAUCCACAACCACUUUGCCAAUGGAUGGAAAUUGUGGGACACCCAGGUUUAGUUUGUAGUGUCAUGCAAACGAGUAAUAACCCAGUUAUUUUAAUGAUUAAACCGAACACAAUCCUUGUACAAGAAAUAAAAAUCGUACCAGCAAAAGCAAAAAUAAUGGAUAUGGUUGCUUUAAGACAUGCAGCUUCACCAUCGACAGCAACAGCUGUACCUGUUAGUAACAGUACUGGCACACCAGGUGGUGUACCUGCUUCAGCUGCAGAAAAUCGUACUACAUUGAUUCUACUUUGUGAAGAUGGCAGCCUACGAAUUUAUAUGGCAUAUAUGGAACAAACUGGUUUUUGGAUGUCAUCAGCAAUUCAACCAGUGACCACAACACUGGCAACAAAACCGGUUCGAACAAAGAAAAAAAUAUUAAAAUCUGGUAAGACAACUGGACAAGUGACAUUCCCCGUUGAUUUCUUCGAACAUUGUCAAUCUAUGAAUGACGUUGAAUAUGGAGGCAAUGAUCUAUUACAAGUAUAUAAUGCACAACAAGUAAAACAGCGUUUGAACACCACUGGAAUGUAUGUGGCAUGUACAAAAGCUACUGGUUUUUCAAUGGAUAUAAUAAACAAUGAUAAUUCAAUGGUGAUGACUGGUAUUCGUGUAUUGUUCGGUAACCAAGAUAUUCAGAGAACACCCACCUAUGUUGAAGUAUUUGGUCGUGUAAUCGCAACAACCGUGACACGUAGUCGAUGGUAUGAUAUACCAUUUACACGUGAAGAAAGUUUACAAGCUGAUAAACGCAUAACAGUCAUAUUUGGACCAUCCUUGGAUCCUGAUUCCGUUACUAUGGUUGACAAUAUUAAAGUGUAUGGUAAAACAAAAGAUAGUUUUGGAUGGCCAGAUGAAGCAGAAGAAUCAUCAAGCAAUAUUGUUGCACCCGUUGCAAAUCCAACAAUGACAAAUACUGAUUCUGAUUUACAUUCACCUAAUCAGACUCAACUAACCUCUUUAGACAAACUAAUAUCAGGAGUUUUAGAAGUACUAGACAGUAGUUUCUUGUUAUUUGGAAAUUCUAAUGAAGAAAAAUUAUUAAAUCAAAAAACAUUAGCUUUAGAAAUGGCUACAAAAUUAUUAAUAUUACCAACACCAAUGACGGUACAAAUGCAAACAAAAGCAGUUUUAUCAUCGUUACAUACAAAUAAACAAGUAUAUCACAACUUUAAAGAUGAAGCAUUACUAACGUAUGUGCUGGAAUCAUUAAAUACAAUGUAUGAUAUUGGUAAAAAUAAAGAUGCUACACAUAUUGAUGCUGAAGAUUUCUAUCGACUUGUAUUAAUUGUGCGUGGUAUUGCUGUUUCACGGCCACAAAAUAUUGUACGAUUCACCGAAUUACAUCAAAAUGAUCACCCAACUAAUACAAAAGAAUCACCAUCAAAUUAUCUACUAGCACAAAUAUUUGAAGUACUAUGGCUCCUACAUUCUGUUCGACCCACAAAUAUAAAUUUAGUGUCAGUUGUAGUACCUGGAUUAUCUCAUGCUGAACAUAUAAUACAUGCCAUCGUUGAUAUAAUACAUGCAUAUAUGAUAUGUUGUGAUAAUUUAGAAACAACAGUAACGGCUGGUGCUAACUUCUACAUAAGUCUUUUAUUGAGUGAAGACUCACAAAUCGCUUUUAGUGCAAAACAAGCCAUUAUUCGUGUACUCAAACCGAAAAUAAAACGACGUCGAGUAUUUAUUCCAUCGCCUCCACAUUGCUCAACGCCUGGAACUAGUGGAAUUAAAACGUCAAGUGAUAUAGACAUAGAAAAAGUAAGAUCAUCCACAACUAAUAACGCAAUUCGAGAACAGAAUGAAUCAGAAGUGCAAUACGAAGUAGAUACUGUUGAACCAAUGGCACUUUUACAGGGAGAGAAUAUUCGAGAUUUAAAUAUAAAUCCACUUGAAGCGUUACUUGGAGGUGCUGUAGCGGGUGGAUUUUCGCCAUUGUUAGAUAUUCCUCCAGACGCAGAUGAUGAGACUAUGGUUGAACUAGCGAUUGCACUUAGUCUUCAAGAUCAUGAAUUAGCUGCGGUCGCAGCUGAUCCAAGAGGAAACGGUAUAAAUGCAGGACCAUCCGCAUCAAAUGGUGCGGCCACUGGAAUUGCAGGAUUAUCUCGUGGAAUGUUGCGUGCAGCUGCAGCUUUAAGCAAUCACGAACUACAAAGUUUACAAGCAAUUGCUCAACAAAGUGUUUCUCAAAGUAAUCCAAUUGGUCAGCAAGCACCCGAAACAGGUCACUAUAGCGAUACAACUGCAUCGGCUGGUGGAUCCGAUGACGAAGGUAGUACUGUUGCUACUGAUGGCUCAACAUUACGAACUUCUCCUGCUGAACAAGCUGGUAGUGCAGGUUCAGAAAGUGGUGGCAGUGCUGUUGAAAGUAUUACAGGUGAGCAUAAUGUAUCUGGACGAAGUUCAGCAUAUGAUGGUGAUAACAUGAAUGAGGGUAUAGCAGGAUUAGUUGCUCGAUCGGAUACUGCAUCAUUGGUUAGUGUUCAACAAACAGAAACCGAUGGAAUUGAACCAGAAGGUGAUCCGGAUCCUGAUGGUGAUAAUGAUGCCGAUACAUUAGAUGGAACCUCUGCAGCCAGAUUACACUCACUGCGUGUCCUACUUUUAGAACGUUUAACUCAACAAUUCCCCUCAUUAAGUAAUGUAUCCGGUGUACGCGCUAUACCAUUUAUGCAAGUAAUAUUAAUGUUAACUAGUGACCUUUAUAUUACAAGUGAAAAAGAUAGAAAAUGUUUAGAAGGUCUUCUAAAUGCUUUAGUAGCAGAAUUACAUGUUGAUAAUCCAGAUACUGAAGAUGUUAGUUCUAGAUCAAAUACCAAAGAAGUACGAUUAAUAAUUAUGAGAUUAUUAAGUGUAUUAAUGUCCCGUUGGAAACUAACUACGACAAAACAAACUGAUAACUCAGUAUUUGUAUCACAAACAACUGCAACAGUGUUACAAGAAGCACAUCUAAUCAACUAUUGUUUAACAUUAUUACAAAAUCUAUUAUCAUAUUGGCGUACAAAUUCACUGGAGGAAACUGGUGGUAUUGCACUAGGUGGUUCAUUAUUAAAGGAACAUUUGUCAACACCAGCACCAGAUAUGCAACCAUUCUUUUUACGACAAUAUGUCAAAGGUCAUGCAUCUGAUGUAUUUGAAGCUUAUCCACAAUUAUUAACCGAAAUGGCAUUACGUUUACCAUAUCAAGUACAAAAACAUUCAACACUUGGUCUAACAAUCAAUCAAGCAUUUGAUUCGGAAUGGUAUCAGCAUUUAUGUGAAUAUAUGAUGACGUUCCAAACUCCUCUGGUGAGACGACAAGUUCGUAAAUUACUUUUAUAUAUUUGUGGUAGCAAAGAAAAGUAUCGACAGCUACGCGAUUUACAUGCUCUUGAAAGUCAUGUCAAGGCUGUUGAAAAAUGUUGUCAAAAAGGUGGCUUAGACAUUACCGUUGGAAAUUUACAUCCAGCUUCGUUGCCAUACGAUUCUCUUGUAGAGUUAAUGGAACAUUUAAAAGCAUGUUUAGAAAUUGCAGCAACUCGGACUGGAAAUUGGCAAAGAUUUUGUCUUAAACAUAUCAAUACUUUGUCCUAUUUAUUAAACAUUAGCUAUUUACUUGAUGAAGGUGUUUGUUCAACCAUAUUACAAUUACUACAAUGUGCAAUUUGUCCAUCAAGUACGUCCAUACCAAAAAAAUCACAUACAAAUGAACAAAGCACAGCAGGUAAAUCAAAUUCAACAGCUACUACAUCCAGUUCCCGUAAAGAACGUGAAAAAUCUGAAGAAUCUGACAACGAAUCCAAAUUUGAAGAAACCAAUUGCGCAACACUUGUUGAACAAAUUAAUUCUCAAGUGCAACCUGAAAUAUUAGCUAGAUUUAUGAAAGCAUUUUUGCUUGAAACUAAUGCAACAAAUGUGAGAUGGCAGGCACAUUCGCUUGUUCUUGCAAUUUACAAAAAUUCAACAGCAGCUGAACAGGAACGAUUACUAGAAAUCCUAUGGAAAGUGUGGCCACAAUUACCAGCUUAUGGUAGAAAAGCAGCUCAAUUUGUUGACUUAUUGGGUUACUUUUCAUUACGUACCAAUCAUACAGGAAAUCAGAUGGAGCAAUAUAUGAAACAAGCAAUAAAUGUUUUACGUGCACAAAACGAUUUAUUGGCAUGUCAUCCAAAUGCCAAUUUGUAUGCACAUUUGGCUCAAUUUGUUGAAUUAGAUGGUUAUUACUUAGAAUCAGAACCAUGUUUGGUAUGUAAUAAUCCAGAAGUACCGUUUACGUCAAUGAAAAUAUCAUCUGUAAAGAUUGAUUCAAAAUACACGACAACUACACAAAUUGUAAAAUUAAUGUGCAGUCACACAAUAAGCAAAAUAAGUUUACGAAUUGGUGAACUAAAACGUACUAAAAUGGUUCGUACUAUCAAUAUUUAUUAUAAUAAUCGUACUGUGCAAGCUGUCGUUGAAUUGAAAAAUAAACCAGCAAUGUGGCAUAAGGCGAAAAAAGUACAUUUACAAUCAGGCCAAACUGAAGUUAAAAUAGAUUUUCCAUUACCAAUCGUUGCCUGUAAUCUAAUGAUUGAGUAUGCUGAUUUUUAUGAAAAUAUACAAGCAUCGUCAGAAAAUUUGCAAUGUCCACGUUGUUCAGCUGUAGUUCCUGCAAAUCCGGGUGUUUGUGGUAACUGUGGCGAAAAUGUUUUCCAAUGUCAUAAAUGCCGUGCUAUUAAUUAUGAUGAAAAAGAUCCAUUCUUAUGUCAUGCCUGCGGAUUUUGUAAAUAUGCGAAAUUCGAUUAUACAAUGUUUGCAAGACCUUGUUGUGCUGUUGAACCAAUUGAAAAUGAUGAAGAUCGUAAAAAGACCGUUUCAAAUAUUAACACGUUGCUAGAAAAAGCUGAUAGAGUGUAUAAGCAACUUAUUGGAAAUAAACCAACACUUGAGCUUUUACUUUUGCAAGUUAGUGAAUAUCGAAUUGAUAGAAAUGAAGAUACACCAAUUUCAAAUACAAUAACUGUAGGCUCAACACAAGUGAAUAAAGCUAUACAAUUAUUAGCUCAACGGUAUUGUGGCGAUUGUAAAACAUCUUUUGAAGAACUUAGUAAAAUUAUACAACGUGUGUUGGCAUGUCGAAAAGAACUAGUUGCAUAUGAUCGAAAACAUCGAGAUUGUACAGUGCCUGUGCCACGAUUGCAACAAAAUUCCUAUUUAAGUGAUCCAUCUUCAAGUUCGGGUGAUGAAGAUAACACAUUACAAAAUCCCCCAUUAACUGGUAGAUGUUAUGGAUGUGCGUCAGCCGCCACUGAACAUUGUUUAACAUUAUUAAAAGCGUUAGCCGGACAUAUUCCGUCACGUUUAGCAUUAUGUGAUUUAGGAUUAGUACAAGAAUUGGUUGAAAAUAAUUUACGCAAAGGUUCAGUACAAAUGCAAGAAGAAGUACGUCAAUUAUUAUGCAUGUUGACACGUGAUAAUGAACCAAGCACACGUAAAUUAUGUGAAUUAUUAAUGGAACGUAUUACAUUAUCAUUACGUAAUCCGUCAUCAGCACCAGAUUUUGGUUCGGGUGUACGACAUGAAAUUAUGUUGUUAGCUGCAAUGGUACAAAAGGAGGAUGAUUGUUGGGAAAUGAAGCUACGUUCUAUGGUACAAUUAUUCUUGAUGGCGUGUAAAGAUUCAAAGAGUCCGCUUGUGAUGGAUUCAGUGAUAUUACCAUGUUUGAAAAUUAUGCAGGAAUUAAUUGAACCACCACAGCCAAUUAGUAAGAAAAAUAAGGAUAAAUCUGUGAAUAACGUCACAUCAAUAAAACGUCCAGAUGGUCUCACACUAAAUCUAAACAAAUGGCUUGAAAACGAUGGGAAAAAUACAUUUGAAAAAUGGGUUGAAUCAAUGCCUCACAGAGGUGAUGAUGGUAAAACGGUACGAAAUUUAUUGAAAGAAGAAUCACGUAUAAUAUUUGUAAGUGAAAAAUAUUUCCGAAGAUGGCGCAUUAAAGCGUUACAUUUAGAAGAAUCUGAACCAUUAAGGCUUAGUGAAAAUGCAUGGAUUAAACGUGUACUCUUCAAUCCAAGUUCAAGACUUGCACGUCAAGUGGCGUGUAGUAUAGUGGAAAGUAUGUGUGAAGGUGUUGAACGAAAAAAAGAAGUAUUGCUGCUGUUAACUUCGUAUCUUAGCGAGCUACGAGGAGCUGGUGAAAGUGCUGCAGAAUUUUUAGUUUUAUAUCAACAAUUAAUUAGUGAUUCACAAUGGAAACAAUUUUUGGCUGUGCAUGGUGUACUCAAAGAAAUUGCUUCACUUUUAGUUCGUGAAAUCGAUGAAUUACAUAGACUUGAAGAAACAACUCUUACUUCAGAUUUAGCUCAAGACCGCUUACAUUCCUUUUCCUUGGAAUUUUUCCUUGUUCCACGUCUUGUUACUUGUUACGCUUUAAAACAACUCACAUGCCUCCUAGCAUCUUUCUUAGAAGAUUCAGCAAUUAGACGCCAAUAUAAAGGACGCUUAGUUGGUGCUGUAUUAAACGGAUACUUAUCCCUUAGACGAUUAGUUGUACAAAGAACACGUCUUGUAGAUGAUACUCAAGAUAAAUUAUUAGAAUUAUUAGAAGAAAUGACCACUGGAACGGAGGAAGAAACAAAAGCAUUUAUGUCUGUAUGCAUUGAAACUGUACAACGAUAUAGUCCACAAGAUGUUCGAACACCUGUAUUCAUAUUUGAACGGUUAUGUUCGAUAAUAUACCCAGAAGAAAAUGAUAUUGGUGAAUUUUUCCUAACAUUAGAAAAGGAUCCACAGCAAGAAGAUUUCCUUCAAGGGCGUAUGUUAGGAAACCCAUAUUCAAGUAACGAAGCAGGUUUAGGUCCAUUAAUGCGUGACGUUAAAAAUAAAAUAUGUCAAGACUGUGAAUUAGUGGCGUUAUUAGAAGAUGACAAUGGCAUGGAACUAUUGGUGAAUAACAAAAUUAUGAGUUUAGAUUUACCAGUGAAAGAAGUGUUUAAAAAGGUGUGGUUAGCCGAUGGUGGUGAGGGUGAUUCAAUGCGUAUUGUUUAUCGUAUGCGAGGUUUAUUAGGUGAUGCUACGGAAGAAUUUGUUGAAACAUUAAAUGCAAAAACACAAGAGGCUGUUGAUAAUGAACAAGUGUAUCGAAUGGCGAAUGUGUUGGCUGAUUGUGGGGGCUUACGUGUUAUGUUGGAUCGUUUAGCUGCUAUACAAAAUAUAUCACGAGCGCGACCAUUGUUACAAGUUCUAUUAAAAUUAUUUAAGUUAAGUGUUAAAGUGAAAAAGAAUAUUGAACAAUUAGCUAAACCUGAAAUGGAAGCAAUUUCAGUCUUUUUACAUGUGUUACAAAGGUGUUUGGAAGAACCGGAAGCUAGUCAAGCUGGUUUAACAGAACAAUUGCUUGAUAUUAUGGAAACGAUAUUAUCGCAUGCAACUAGCCAAUCGCUAGAUAAUUUCUUAGUGUUUUCACAAACAUUCGGGGGUCCCGAAUAUAUCCAAUCACUAUUAUCAUGCACAACAUCAACAAGUGUACGCAAUAAUCAAUCAGUGAUAAUUCAUUUAACACGGGUAUUAGCUGCGCUGGUUUAUGGUAACGCUGAUCGUAUGAAAUUAUUAUGUGAUCAUUUCGCUUCUGUAUUAGAUUUUAAUAAAUUCGAUUAUGAGCAUAAUGCCGAUGAUGAUUAUAAAUUAGAAAUGUUUUGUGUAUUAACUACUGGCAUUGAACGUAAUGCUAUUGGUAAUACACUUAAAGAUUAUAUAAUAUCAUUGGAUAUUGUGAAGAAUGCAUUAGAGUAUAUUAAAAUGCAUGCACCAUUUGUGAAGCCAACAUUUUUACGGACUGAUAGUGAUGAAUUAAAAGAAUUUAUAUCGAAACCAGCCUUAAAAUAUAUUUUACGAUUUUUAACUGGUUUGGCUACUGAGCAUGAAAGUACUCAACUGGCAGUUUCAGCUGAUGUAAUACCAAUAAUACAUCGACUAGAACAAGUUUCAUCCGAUGAACAUGUUGGUUCAUUAGCUGAAAAUUUAUUGGAAGCUUUAAAAUCAUGUGAUAGUGUGGCUCAACGUGUGCAACAAGUACGUGACCAUACACGUAAUGAGAAGAAAAGACUAGCAAUGGCAAUGCGUGAAAAACAAUUAGGUGCCUUAGGUAUGCGCACUAAUGAUAAAGGACAGGUUACCGCAAAAUCAACUAUAUUACAACAAAUGGAAGAAUUGGGUGAAGAAACUGGUCUUGUAUGUUGUAUAUGUCGUGAAGGAUAUCGUUAUCAACCAGCUAAAGUACUCGCAAUAUACACGUUUAGUAAGCGUUGUUUAGUUGAAGAUUUUGAUUGUUCGAAACCUAGAAAAAUGUUGGGAUGUUCAACAGUUACUCAUUUCAAUGUUGUGCAUGUGGAUUGUCAUAUGAACGCUGUUCGGCUGGCACGAGCUCGUGAUGAAUGGGAUUCAGCAGCAUUACAAAAUGCUAAUACUAAAUGUAAUGGAUUGUUGCCACUGUGGGGACCUGGUGUACCAGAAUCAGCUUUUGCAAGUUGCUUAGCGCGUCACAAUACAUAUUUACAAGAAGCGACAGGAAAUCGUGAUAUUGGUCACACUGCAACUAUUCACGAUUUAAAAUUAUUAUUACUACGGUUUGCCCAAGAGAAACCAUUCCAUGAAGAUACUGGCGGUGGUGGUCCUCAAUCGAAUAUGCAUCUAAUACCGUAUCUCAUUCACAUGGCACUUUAUGUUAUUAACACAACACGAUCUGCGACACGUGAAUACAAAAACUUAUGUACAUUCUUAGACUGUACAUCAGUUGAAAAAUGGAUACAUUCAAGCUAUGAGAUUGAAGGGCCUCUAUAUUGGGCUAUUUUCUCAAUAUUAUUGUUAAGUCCGAAUAGAUGGAGACGACGUCGUUUAUCACAUUUAAAACGUUUAAUUAUUAUUGGUCAUGUUCGUCAUAUACAGCCUGAAGGACCAUGUCCAAAUUUAAAUGAUAAAACAAUCAAAGAUUAUAGUGUAUACAAACCAUAUUUAAUAUUCUUUGGGCUAAUUGAUGGAAUUUAUAAUAAUUUCUUUAAGAAAGUGGUUUGUGGAUCCGACGAGCAAUGGCCAAGUGUUCUUGCGGAUUAUAUAAGAUAUAAUGACGAAUCUCUUUUAAAGGCUUCUGAGCGUUUGCUUGCUAAUUAUAGGGAGGAAUUGUUACCUUGUGCGUCUUUUAUGGAAUUUUGUGAUGUGUGUGAAUUACUUGGUGAUAUACAAAAUCCUGAUACAUAUAUUGCUGAUAUUUUAAAAGGAGUUUGAUUUUUUGAAGUAAAAGGAAUAUUUCGAUUAUUAUUUCCUAC